CGUAGCAAGAGGAAAGGGAAAAAUCUCGUCCGAUUGGAAGUCGUCUACAGUUAGCAACCAGCUACAGUUGACUGAUACAUUGUUACGGAUUUGGCUAUUGUAUUUAUUUCCAAAUGGAUUGAUCAGGUGCUACAGGCUUGCGACCUCAUCCUUCUGUUCUUUCUGGAGGGGGUCAUGGCAGAAAAAGAAUGGCCGUCCGAACUUUCUGUAUGGACAGAUGAUUCCAACGAAACAGACCCAGUCGCGGAGCAGGACUCCGGGGUGGAAGAUGUUGAGGAGGAGGAGGGCAGUGAUGGUGCCUGCAUCCCUGAACAGAUCUUCACCAUGGAGGAGGCAGAGGGACAAUCUCUCAUAUUUAUUGCAUUCAAGGGGAACAUGGCCGAUGAAGAUUUUCAACAGAAACUGGACAGCGUCUUGAAUGGCAUCCCACAAAUGCUUGAAUUAGGUCCUGAGAGACUGAGCCCCCAGCGCGUGGAGCCAUGGAACAGUGUGCGAGUCACCUUCAACAUCCCACGGGAAGCAGCGGAGCGCCUCCGCCUCCUGGCUCAAAACAAUCAGCAGCAGUUACGGGACCUGGGGAUCCUGUCUGUGCAGAUCGAGGGCGAGGGUGCAAUCAACGUUGGCCUGGCACAGAAUCGAGGCCAGGAUGUCAGGGUAAAUGGGCCUGUUGGACCCCCUGGCCAGACAAGGAUGGAUGUUGGCUUCCCCAUGCAACAAGGGCCUGGGGGCAUUCGAAUGAACAACCCUCAGGUGGGCAUGGUGCCGUCAGACCCAGGUCAAGGCAUGGUACCAGGGGGAAGUGGACAGAUGCACCCUAGGGCUCCCAGACCACCUGCACAGCCAGAUGCUAUGGACCCAAUGAUGGCUGGCAUGGCGGCCCAACAACAACAACAACAGCAACAGCAACAGCUCCAGCACCCGCAGGCCCCCCACAUGCCCCCCAACCCCAUGGCCGCCCAGGCCCACCACAUGCAGGCCAUGCAGGCCGCCCGGACAAUGAACCCAGCUGCCCUGCAGCACAUGCAGCAGCAGCAGCACCAACAACAGCAGCAGCAGCAGCAGGCCCAGAUGGCUCAGGUCGGCGGUGCCCGAGGUCCCUUUAACGCCUCAGGUCAAAUGCCUGUGCCCGCUGGCUGGAACCAGCUUCCUUCUGGUGUGUUGCAGCCCCCGCCCGCUCAGGGGCCCAUGGGACCCGGAUGGAGGAAGCCCCCUCCGCAGGCUCAGAUGGGACAACGGCCACCGUCGCUUGGGUCGGUCCAGAUGCCCAACCAUCCCCCGCCCCCGUACCCGUUCGGAAGUCAGCAGGCGGGCCAGGUGUUUAGUGCCAUGGCGCAACAGCAGCAGCAGCAACAACAGCAAUUACAACAACAACAGUUGCAACAACAGCAACAGUUACAGCAGCAGCAGCCAGGGGUCAACCAGUUCGCAGCUCCCCAGCCUAAAGGGCCCCAAGGGGCACCUGGGGUUCCUGGACCAAGGGCACCGCCACCCGUACCAACAUCGUCCACUCCGCAGGGGAGCCUGUCCGCUAAAUCGCCAGGCUCGUCAUCCUCUCCAUUCCAGCAAGGGUCUCCCGGCACACCUCCCAUGAUGGGCCAGGGUCAGGGACAGCUGGGUCCUCGCCCCACCACGCCGCAGGGUUUCCCACAAGGCAUGGGCUCACCUGGGAGGGCAGUUAUGGGUCAACAGGGGCCCAUGCAGCAGCAGCAGCCAUUCAUGGGCAUGCCUCCUCAUGGACAAGUUCCACAAAACAAUAUGGGAGGUAUGCCCAAGCGUAUGCCCAUGGGCUUCCCUAAUGUACCAGGCAAUCAAAACUUUGUCCAAGGCCAAGCGGCUGCUAGCGGAGCUGGGACACCUGUAGCUGGCACCAAUCCCCAGGUCCAGAAUAGCCAGGCCAUGGCACACACGGGGACACAACCCUCUGUUUCAACACCAAAUCACAUGGCCCACGCUGCAGCAAUGGGCCACCACGCUGGCAUGGCCGGCCAGACUGCAGGUGCCGCCCCCGGGACCACCAUGGGCCAGCAACAACAACAGCAGCAGCAGCUGCCCCAGCAGCAAAACAUCCAGAUGAUGCAGGGCAUGCAGUCUCAGCACCAGCCCAUGCCUGUGGCCUCCUCCCCCAGUCAAAUGGUGCAGGCCCAGGCGAGUGGUGGUCAGACCGUCCUCUCGAGGCCAGUCAAUCCUGGACAGAGAGGAGGCAUGACCCCACCAAAACAACAGAUGAUGCCUCAGCAAGGGCCUGGUGGCAUGAUGCCGAACCAGGGACAGGUUCCUGGAGGACCGCAGCAUCAGGCGUUACUUCUGCAGCAGCAACAACAACAAAAACAACAACAACAGCAGCAGCAGCAAAAUGCCAUGAUGGAACAAAUGGUGGCCAAUCAGAUGCAGGGAAACAAGCCGGCCUUUGCACAGCAGAAGGGUCAGCCAGCAGGGGUGAUGCAGCAGGGGCAGAUGAUGAGAGGUCCAUCACCCAGCCUGGCACAGUUCCAGGCCCAGAUGGGAUCCCAACAGCAACAACAACCGAUGGUCCACCCACAGCAGCAGCAGCAGCAGCAGCAACAAAUGGCUCAAAUGCAACAGCAGCAGUUACAGCAGCAACAAUUACAACAACAACAGCAGCAGCAGCAACAUCAGUUACAACAGCAGCAGCAACAUCAAAUGCAGCAGCAGCAGCAGCAGCAGCAGCAGUUGCAACUCCAGCAACCACCACAACAGCAACAGCAGCAAAUGCAACAGAUGCAGCAGCAGAUGCAAGUGCAGCAGCAGCCUCAGCAGCAGAUGCCCAUGAAUAACAAUGGUAACCAGGCGAUGGGUAUGCAUGGACAGAUGCGACUUCCAGGUCACCACUUGGUCCAGCAGCAGCAGUUGCAGCAUCAACAACAGCAGCUGCAGCAGCAGCAGCAGAAGCAGCAGCAGCAAGUCAUGCAGCAGCUUCAGCAUCAGCAGCAGGCUGCUCAGCAUCAGCUGGGAGAUGGUAGUGGAGGUGCUGCAGGCGAGAUGGGUCAGCAGGCCAUGCUGCCUGACAUGCAGACCCAGCAGCAGCCUCCAGGCAUGAUGGGAGGUCCCCAGCACAUGCAGGUCGGUAAUGGUCACUUCCCUGGACAUGGCAUGCCGUUUAACCCCCAGUUCGCUGGACAGAUGCCCAUGGGAGGUCCCUGUGGACAGGCAGGAGGGUUUCCUGUGAACAAAGAUGUCACGCUAACGAGUCCCCUCUUGGUUAAUCUGCUACAGAGCGAUAUUUCUGCUGGUCAGUUUGGUGGUAAGCAAGGACCUGGGGGUGUUGGCCCCAACCAGAAUAAACCCAAGAAGAAGAAGCCCCCUCGCAAACCCAAGAAACCCAAAGGUGGCGAAGGACAAUUAUCGGAAGGCCUCGGCCUUGAAUCUGGAACUGGGUUGGAAGAUAUCGAGUUACCAGGGUUGAGUGGCGAUCCUACAACAGGACUGGAGCCCAAAAUGGCAGAGUUUGCCAACAGACCUGCUGGUUUUCCUGGUCCACAAGGGGAUCAAAGGGUCUUGCAGCAAAUGCCACUUCAGUUUAUGGCUCAACAGCAACAAGUUCCACCGCAACAGCAGCAAGCACCACAGCAACAGCAGAUGCAACAAAUGCAACAGCAGCAGUUACAACAGCAACACAUGCAACAGCAGCAGAUGCAGCAGCAGCAGCAGCAAAUGCAACAACAGCAGCAGCAGCAGCAGGUUCACAUGCAGGGUAUGCAGAUGGCUCCCGGGCAGACAGGACCAAUGCCUUCUCAGGGGCAACCUCAAAUGCUCCCACAUCAGUUACAACAGGCACAGCAGCAGCAGCAUCACCAGCAACAGCAGCAGCAGCAACAACAACAACAACAGCAGCAGCAGCAAAUGAUGAUGAUGCUGAAAAUGCAGCAAGAGCAGGCCAAGAACAGGAUGCCACUGCAACAGGGUGCACACCCGCCCAGGGGUCUCAUGAACCCUGCUGAAGCUCAGCGGAUGCCCGGAGGAUCCCAACAGCCAGGCAACAUGCCAGUGAUGAUCAAUUUGCAAGGGCAUGGAGGUGUGCCACCCUCUCCAAACAAACCUGGUGGGGUGCCACAGCAGCUCAUGAUGAAUCCACAGAUGGCAGCUGCAAGGAGAAUGCCCCAUCCAGAGGCUGGGCAAGGACCAGGUGUCCAGGGUCUGACUGAGGACGGUUCCACGGGGGUACCACAGGAGAUGGGUCUUCAGGCAGGAAACGGCGCCCAGCAACUUGCCAACCCUGGUAUGAUGAAGCCAGGACCGUCACCGGUGCCCCAACACCCUGGGGCCAGCCCUCAGCAGCAACAACAACUCCAGCAACAGCAACUACAACAGCAGCAGCAGUUACAGCAACAGCAGCAACAACCACAAACUCCACAGCAGGGCUCCAUGCCAGGCUCACAUAACCUCCAUUUCCCCAACUCCGUUCCGACCACCUCCCAGAGCUCUCGUCCCAAGACUCCCAACCGAGCAAGCCCGAGGCCUUACCAUCACCCGCUCACCCCAACAAACCGUCCGCCAAGCACCGAGCCUUCAGAAAUCAGCCUCUCCCCCGAACGGUUGAAUGCUUCCAUUGCCGGCCUUUUCCCUCCAAAGAUCAACAUCCCCUUACCUCCCAGGCAGCCCAAUCUGAGCAGAGGGUUUGAUCAACAGGGUCUUAAUCCUACAACCUUGAAGGCAAUAGGGCAGGCGCCCCCGAGCAUGACUCUUCCGAAUAACAACAGUAACGCUGGUGGAAACAAUAACGGUCAGCCAGCUUUUCAAGGAACUCCUAAUGCUGCAAGUGCUCCUGGGAAACAAGACAAACUGCCUGGAGGUGGACAAGCAAAACGAGCGAGUCCCAGCAAUAGUCGUCGAUCCAGCCCAGCAUCAAACCGAAAAGGUGCAACCCCUAGCCCGGGUAGACAGAAGGUAGCUAAGAUUGCUUUGACAUCACCUCCACAUCAACAGCAAAUGGUUAGCCCGCAGUCCAUGAUGAGCCCCACAUCUUUGCAGCCAAGCCCUGCCUCUGUUCUGCCAGCUGGGCCCAUGGAUCCGCAGCAGAUGCAAAACUCUUUUCAAGGUCUCCCCAGUAGUUCUGACCUAAUGAGUCAAGGCCUGAUGGCAGUGCCAACGGGUGAACAACGGCAAAUGGUACAGUCACAGAGAGAACAAGCUGCUCAGAGAAUGGCAAGUCCCCGUGUUUCUGUGGCAGAACAGAAACAACAUGAACCUAAGAAUGUUGCAGAGCAGUCGGUUGCAGAGGAAAAGCACCAACCUCAGACAGAACCCCAACAGGAUCUUGCUACCACUAUGCCACCGGGCUUUAGGGACGCCCCAACCUCCCUGAACCAGUUGUUGGACAGCUCAAUCUCACCGUCCAUGCCCAUGAAGCCCCCACAGAGUGCCCCUCAAGCGACUGUGGAUCCAACGGAACUGGCGAGCCAACGCAACGCCAGGACUCCUCAGAGCACUGAGGGUGGGCCUCUGCCGGGUCCCAGUGAGCCUAAACUUAGUUCUACUACAAGUCCCAAAUUAAGCAGUCCUAGCUUACACCCUUCGAAUGUCACCCUUAGCGUUAGCCCUAGUCCCGCAUUUAGCCCCAGCCCCAGUUUGAAUGUUAGCCCUAGCUCCCAGCCUAACCCGGCUGUUAGUGCUAGCCUAAAUCCCAACCCUAAACCCUUGUCCACCAACAUGUCGACGGUCUUGCAAAGGCCCAACCCUUCCACAGCCAUGCCCACCAAUCAGAUCACGGUUUUUGUGACCUCUAACCCAAUUAGCUCCUCCACUAGCACUUCCCCGCAGGUUCCGCCCGGAAUUGUUUCCACUGUAGUCGUUCCAAGCAAAAACCUUCAGAGACCGCCAGAAAUGGGUCAGCAGCAACAGACCCCCGUAACCCAAUCGCGCCCCGCUCAGUUCAUCACCACCCCGGUGUUUUUCCAAAUGCCGGCAGCCUCUGUUCCCUCCAGCACCAGCGUGGUGUCUCAGCCCGUGACCAUUCAAAUGUCAAACAUACAGUUCACACCCGCGCCUAUGAUGACGACAACGUUGCCGACUGCUACAGUGUCGGCUCCUGUGUCUGUUGCAGCACAUUCCCCGGCCAUGAGCUCGGCCCCUGGCCAUACGCCGCCGCCUCGCGCCAUGCUCGGACAUGUCCAGGUGCAGAUUCCCGGCUCUCACGCGUCUUCUGUCACAGCGGCGCACCCUCCUGUUCAGCAGCCUAGCCCGGGCGGCCUGAGGCAGGAGAGUCCAGCGUCAGAGGCGUUAAAGUCCAGCCCUGUGGCGCAGGUGUCUCCGCAUCCCCCGACAUCAUCCCCCAAUGUCACAUCCCCCUUUCCCCAACCCAUGUCCUCUCCCCCUGCGUGCUCCAGUCCAGGAGCUACCCCCAGCGCCCGAAAGAGUCCCCUGUCCCCGCUAGCGUCUGGUGCUAAGAGCAAGCCUGCCACUUCUGCUGCACAGCCAUCCUCCAGUAGUCCACUGGCGAAACAAGAGGUGGCUGCGCAGCAAGCACUAAGUGCAGGAGUUGCUCCCCCACAGGUGUCCCCUUCGCCUGCUGAGCCCCUUGAGUCUCCACAGAACACUUCCUCCUCUCCACCUGCUCCGGCCCCUCCCAAUGCCCCCGUUGUUCCUGUCUCUGUCCCGGCUCCCAUGCCCACACCUACUGCACUCAACCCAGCACUUAAUGCCAUGUCGGGUACACCUGCUGCUGCUGCGCCCACUACACCCAACCCAGCUCCCGGCCCUAGUUCAGCUGCUGUGCCCCAGCCCCCAGUCCCAGCCCCUGUCCCUGUCACUGUCACCAGCCCACAGCCUUCUGGUUCCCCUGCAGGUUCAACGGUUGCUGCUGCUGCUACUGCUGCUGCUGCAGGUGUCGCUGCUACCACCACCACCACCACCGUCCCAGGACCAACCACCAACACCACUGUCGGUUCUCCGUCACCAGUGUCUGCCAAACCAGCGUCCCCUGGCCAGCCUCCUCCUGCCACGCCCGCCACACCGACGGAGACUAGCUCGGCAGAGCCAGCCAAUACUGCGGUACCAUUGGCAGAGGCACCAAGUGCUUCAGCUUCUGUGGACCCAGACCCUGCCCAGCAGGAAAAGGCUUCAAAUGAGAAAAGCGGUGAAGAAGCUUCAGCUGUCGCAGAGCAAGGAUGGGCAAAGAAAAGAAAGACGCCCGUCAGCGUAGUGCCCAGGGACACGAGGGGCGCCAGCGAGGCGGCAAAAGCCAAGGGCCCCAGCCGCCGGAGCUCGCGAGCGGAGAAGGAGGUGGAGGAGGAAGCGGCAGACAAUGGGCAGAGGAAGAGGGCGGGCAGACCAGGCUCGGCCUCCUCCAGCACAGGGAAAGAUACAAACACUGGAGCCAGCCCUACACAGGCCAAACGAAGGAAGUCAAAGUGAUCUUGACGUGCUACACUUGUGAAAUAUGAAUUAUGUUUUUUUUUUGUUUCCUCUGUGAAUUUAUUUUAUCUGCUGUUUCAGAGAAGAAUCAUGUUUUCACAGAGAAAGUAACCCUGUACAGAUAUUUGUUUUUAAAAAGAAGCGAUAUUGAUGUAUUUUGUGAGGUCUUAUUUAGAUUUUAGUGUGUCUGUGAGUGUGUGUGCGUGCACUGUGUGUGCGUGUGUAAUGUAUGUGAGCGAAUUUGUUUUUCAUUUUCUAAUGCUGGAUUAAUCAUGUGAUGAAGCCUGAUAAUUAAAAUAUCAUGUGUAUUGUACAAUUCUGUCGCAGAACUGAAUUAAAUUUUGUACUUUUUUGUCUUGUGAUGACAUUAAUAAAAAUCUGUAUGUA